AUGCUUGACUCAUCGGAAAAUUUCUCCCCGGAAGAAUUUGAUGAGAUGAAGGAAAGUGUUGCUGAACUAGUUGAUGCCGGAUUUGAUCUCGCUCCUGAUGUUGCCCGAAUUGGUUUUGUUGUUUACAGUGACAAAGUUGCUGUUCCUGUGGCGCUCGGUCAUUACGAAGAUAAAAUCGACUUGAUACAGCAAAUUUCUGAUUCGACGAAGAUUAACGACGGUGUUGCAAUUGCUUUGUACGGUCUCAAUGCCGCUAGACAACAAUUCCAGUUGCACGGGAGAGAAAACGCAACCCGCAUAGUGAUCAUGAUAACUAAUGGAAAGAAUAGAGGCAACGCGGCUCCUGCCGCUGAAGAUCUUCGAAACAUGUACAACGUGCAGCUCUUUAUCAUUGCUGUCAACGCAGAUGCAGAAGGGCUAGCAACGCUGAAACGAAUAGCAGGAAGUGAGUAUCCAGAUCGUGUCUAUGAGAUUGGAACUGCUUUCGAACUUGACGAUCAAAUAACGGCUAUAAGCCGACAUCUCUGUGGCUACACCACACCCGCUCAUAUUACUCCUACGGAGCCUGCCUUCCAUCGUACAACGAAAAGAGAUGUGCAGGCUGUGAGGUGAGC